CCAUAAACGCACCCCACGUCUCGCUAUUAAUCUUCUCCCUCACGAAACCGAAAUCUCACACACUCGCUCUCAAACCCUCUCUCUCUCUCUCUCUAACAAACCCUCGCUCUCUCUCUCUCUCUAACAAACCCUCGCUCUCUCUCUCUCCUCGCCGCACCGUCACCAUGCCGAAGGCCGCUUCCGACUCCAAACCCGCUGACAGCCGGUUGAAGCGCAAGGGCGCUGGAACUGGAAGGAAGCAGACGAAGAAGGCUGCGAAGGAUCCUAACAAGCCUAAGAGGCCUUCCAGCGCUUUCUUUGUUUACAUGUCUGAGUUCAGAACGCAGUUCAAGAAGGAUAAUCCUAACAACAAGUCCGUUGCUGCUGUUGGCAAAGCUGCUGGUAGCAAGUGGAAAUCCAUGACUGAUGCUGAGAAGGCUCCCUACGUUGCUAGGGCAGAGAAGGCGAAGGAGGAGUAUGAGAAGACUCUCCGUGCCUACAACAAUGGAUUGGCUGAGAGCAAAGGCUCUGCUGAGGAAGAAGGUUCUGACAAGUCAAAGUCCGAAGUCAAUGAUGAUGAUGAGGACGAUGAUGAAGAUGACGAGUGAAAUCAUGUAGCAAAUGAAGGAGCUUAAGGGUGUAACUGGAUGCAAUAAUUUUCAUAGGCUCGCUUCAAUUUUAGCAGCAGACAUUUUCAAUUUCAAUAGAUAAAUAGUUUUUAUGAAUGCGUUUAAUCUAGGGAACAAUCGUAAUUUUAGGCCUGUAGUUUGAAGGCAGUAUCUAUCAUCAAUACAGGACUCGUUUUGCUA